AUGUCGAUAGCAUCGUCCUCCUCUAGGUGUAUGAGGACCUUCCUCUCUCGAUCUGUCAAACAUAACUCCUUACGGCCAGUGUCGAAGAAGCUCAGAGUCGAAAUCCCUCUAUUCCUAUUACCAUCUUUAACGAAAAGAUACCAAUCUACUUCAUCUGAUAAUUCACCGAAACAACGAGAUAAAGAACGAUAUAACUUCAACACUUCAUUGAGCUGGUCGGAAUCUCCUGAUCCUGAUCAUGUUCAUUGGAGAAGAGUUACAGCUGCAGAGCUAACUUCUCGUAAAGAACCUCCUACAAGAGUGAAAAUGUUAGUCAGAGACUUUAUCGAUGAUAGUUUAUAUAAUCCACAUUACGGUUAUUUCUCUAGAAACGCAACUAUAUUUACACCACCAAAGGAAGGAUUCAAUUUCUCUUCUUUUCAAGAUACAGCUGCCUUUCAAGAAGCCGUAGCUGAGAGAUACGAAAAAGAAUAUGGAUUAGAACCUACUACUGGUCAAACAGGUGGUUUAGGUAGACAGGUUUGGCAUACACCCACAGAAUUAUUCAAGCCAUACUACGCACGUAUACUUCUCACAGCAAUACUCCAAUCAUACAAAUUAAAUCAUUUCCCACAUGAACCUCUAAUCCUGUAUGAAGUAGGAGCUGGAAACGGUUCAUUCAUGAUAGAUUCGUUAUCCUAUUUGAAAGAAAAUCAUCCUGAGAUAUACGAAAGGACUCAAUAUCGAAUCAUCGAAAUUUCAUCUUCUUUAGCUAAAGGUCAAAGAGCCCGUGCUGAGAAGGAAGGUUUCGGUGAUAAAGUUGAAGUUAUAAAUUCAGACUUCUUCAAAUGGGAAGGUAAAAAAGAUGGUGAAGAAGCUUGUUUCGUUGUUGCUUUGGAAGUUUUUGAUAAUUUCGCCCAUGACAUGAUUCGAUAUGACAUUUCAACACUUACACCAUUUCAAGCAGUAGUAGCCAUCGAUGCCUCCGGGGACUUUUCACUUCUUUACGAACCUGUUAAUGAUCCUUUAAUAAGAAGAGUAUUAGCUUAUCGAAGAUUAUUACCACCUUCUUCAUCAACUUCACCGCCAUUUUCAACACCUUUACUUUAUUCAUCUUUACUCCGAUCUUUAUAUUCCAGUUUACCUUUUUCACCUAAUUUAUCUGAACCAGAUUUCAUACCUACGAAAUCCAUCUUGUUUAUGGAGAGAUUAAGGGAGAAAUUACCUGGACACAGAUUAUUAGUAGCUGAUUUCGAUCAAUUACCAGAUGCUGUACAAGGUAGGAAUGGUCCGGUAGUACAAACUAGAUAUGGUGGAAGUAUGGUUCCUUGUGAAACCUUUUUAGUCAAACAAGGUUAUUUCGAUAUAUUCUUUCCGACCGACUUUGAAUUACUCAGAGACAUCUACUCGGUCAUUAUGAAUUCACCUUCCCAAUCUCUAUCAUCCACUUCCCUCCCUUCUUCUACUUCUACAUCAUCAAUGCCAUCGUCCACCCCUACUUCCGCUUCAGUCCCUUCAAGGUCGAAAUCAAGUCCAGUGGGACUUCAAAGAGAUUUCUUCUCAGGUGUGAGAGGGUUCAGAAGACGUCAAGUGAACAUAUACACUCAUUCCGAAUUCACAGAUAAGUUUGGCGAGAAAGAUACCAUCAGUAAAACGAAUUUGAAAAAUGGUGAAAAUGUCAUGAAAGUCAUGUAUGGCAAUGCCAAAGUCAUGUUUUAG